UCCCUCAGGCUGAAGCACAGAUGGUGAAUGUCUUCUUAAGGGCGAAUACCUCACCCAGAGGAAGUAGGGGGAAAGAGGAUGCUGACUGCCUUUGUACUCAAGAGCGGGGCCACAGCCUCCCUUCCUGGAGGGCUUGUCUCUUACAACAAGUCCAUUCAGCAUUAGCGAGACCACCGCUCAGCCUGAACGUGGGAUCAUGUCCAUGGUAUUUCCCUCGCUGCUCUGUCUUGGGUUGUGUCUGAGCCAGAGCACUUGGGCACAGAAGGGAAAUCUCCGCCCGCCUCGUAUCACAGCUCUGCCUGGAUCCACAGUUCCACCUAAGAGUCAUGUGACCCUCCUGUGUCAAGGACCUGGACAAGCUGAGGGGUACAAGAUAUCAAAAGUGGGAAGUCCUGAGCCCAUGGACAAAGAGGAACAGAUCACACCCAGGAAGACCAAUACUUUGAGUAUCGCAGAGAUGACAACGGACCAGACAGGGCUGUACCACUGCUCCUAUCAGAGAGGAGGCCGCUGGUCCCAGUUCAGUGACCCCCUGCAGCUGGUGAUGACAGGAGCUUAUGAGAAGCCCUCCCUCUCCAGCCUGGCUGGCACAGUGGUGGCUCCAGGGGAGAAUGUGAAGUUGCAGUGUUUCUCCAAAAUCAACUAUGAUGUAUUUAUCCUCACCAAAGAAGGUGAAGAUCACAUCACCCAGAAUCAAAGCUCUGCCCCCCAGGACAGGGGACGCCAGACCAUCUUCCUCUUGAGUCCAGUCUCCUCCACACAGGCGGGGACCUACAGAUGCUACGGUGCCUUCCGCGAGAACCCCUACCUGUGGUCCCAGCCCAGUGACCCACUGCAGCUUCAGGUCGAAGGAACUACUGACUCUCCCAGCAGCACACAGCACAGACGCUCAACUGCACCUGCCGCUUGGCACCCUUCUCUGGAGACUCAAGUCCGCCUGAGCCUGGCUGCCGUGCUUCUCCUGGCCAUGGUCGUCCUGCUGGCUGAAGCCUGGUACAGCCGGGGAGGGGGUCCCUCAGUGAAGUCAGAUGAGCCCCCGCCCCAGUGGACUGACAAGCGCCGAUUGUGGGUCACUCGGCGGAACAGUGUCCUUCAUCAGAGGAGCGGGGCUGAGGCCGGUGGGAAGCCUGAAUGCGGGAGAAUGUCCAUGGUUCCUCCCUCGUUGCUCUGUCUUGGGUUGUGUCUGAGCCAGAGCACUUGGGCACAGAAGGGAAAUCUCCGCCCCCCUCAUAUCACAGCUCUGCCUGGAUCCACAGUUCCAUGGAAGGGUCAUGUGACCCUCCUGUGUCAAGGACCUGGACAAGCUGAGGGGUACAAGAUCGCAAAAGUGGGAAGUCCUGAGCCCACGGACAAAGAGGAACAGAUCAUGCCCAGGAAGACCAACACUCUGAGUAUUGCAGAGAUAACAACGGACAAGACGGGGCUGUACCACUGCUCCUAUCAGAGAGGAGGCCGCUGGUCCCAGUUCAGUGACCCCCUGCAGCUGGUGAUGACCGGAGCUUUUGCCAAGCCCUCCCUCUCCAGCCUGGCUGGCACAGUGGCGGCUCUAGGGGAGAAUGUGAAGUUGCAGUGUUUCUCCAAAAUCAACUAUGAUGUAUUUAUCCUCACCAAAGAUGGAGAUCACAUCACCCAGAACCAAAGCUCUGCCCCCCAGGACAGAGGGCGCCAGACCAUCUUCCUCUUGAGUCCAGUCUCCUCCACACAGGCGGGGACCUACAGAUGCUACGGUGCCUUCCGCGACAACCCCUACCUGUGGUCUCAGCCCAGUGACCCACUGCAGCUUCAGGUCGAAGCACCUGCCGCUUGGCACCCUUCUCUGGAGACUCAAGUCCGCCUGAGCCUGGCUGCCGUGCUUCUCCUGGCCAUGGUCGUCCUGCUGGCUGAAGCCUGGUACAGCCGGGGAGGGGGUCCCUCAGUGAAGUCAGAUGAGCCCCCGCCCCAGUGGACUGACAAGCGCCGAUGGUUGUAUCUGAGCCAGAGCACUUGGGCACAGACGGGAAAUCUCCGCCCCCCUCGUAUCACAGCUCUGCCUGGAUCCACAGUUCCAUGGAAGGGUCAUGUGACCCUCCUGUGUCAAGGACCUGGACAAGCUGAGGGGUACAAGAUCGCAAAAGUGGGAAGUCCUGAGCCCACGGACAAAGAGGAACAGAUCAUGCCCAGGAAGACCAACACUCUGAGUGUUGCAGAGAUAACAACGGACAAGACGGGGCUGUACCACUGCUCCUAUCAGAGAGGAGGCCGCUGGUCCCAGUUCAGUGACCCCCUGCAGCUGGUGAUGACCGGAGCUUAUGAGAAGCCCUCCCUCUCCAGCCUGGCUGGCACAGUGGUGGCUCCAGGGGAGAAUGUGAAGUUGCAGUGUUUCUCCAAAAUCAACUAUGAUGUAUUUAUCCUCACCAAAGAAGGUGAAGAUCACAUCACCCAGAAUCAAAGCUCCAUGCCGCAGGACAGAGGGCGCCAGACCAUCUUCCUCUUGAAUCCAGUCUCCUCCACACAGGCAGGGACUUACAGAUGCUACGGUGCCUUCCGCGAGAACCCCUACCUGUGGUCUCAGCCCAGUGACCCACUGCAGCUUCAGGUCGAAGGAACUACUGAGUCUCCCAGCAGCACACAGCCCAUAUGUUCAACUGCCCCGUCUGGUGACUUAGCCUCCCGAGGCAGACUCCUAGGUAUCUGGAUCGGUGUCCCGGUGGCCGUGGGUCUCCUGCUCCUAGUCUUCCUCAUCUUCCUUAUCCUCUACUGUCUGCGCAAAGCCAAAAGCAAUGCUGCAAGGAAAGAGAGACAGCCAGAGGCAGCUGGCCGGGCAAAUGGACAGGUUUCUGAAGCUGCAGACCCUCAGGAGGUCACCUAUUCCCAGGUGACCUGCCAUGUCCCCCACCAGGGGACAGCUGGGGCCCCCUCCAGGGUGCCCAGACAGACCCAGAGCAGCGAGUAUGUGACGCUAGCCUUCAGAUAAGCCAGGCACCAGGGCCAGCACUUCAUCUGGGCGGCAGAACUCACAGCUACCGCUGGUAGCUCCCUCCUCUAGAACUGAGGCUCCAAGCCUGACAGCCUGGUUGAGGGAGCCCGCAUUCCUCGGAAGUCCUGCUGCCCCCACACACACACCCAGAAAUCUAGAGACUCAGCAACAUGCGCCAGUCAGUUCCAGAGUCUCUAACUGCCCAGGAGUCCCUGAGACCCGCUGAAGCCAUCAGAAGAGUGACAGGGUGAUAUUUUGUAAGUUUUCAUUAUUCAUUAAUUAAAUGUUGUUUAGUUUCUAUCA